AUGCUUCACCUUCAACGAUCAAAACCCAUUAUUCAUACUCCCAUUCUCCUUAACUUUCCCGCCACCCAAUCAAGACUGCUCAACACGCUUUCCCUCCUCUUCAAUCGAUGCAACUCCAUUCAACACCUCCAGCAAAUUCAUGCCAGGUUCAUUCUCCAUGGCUUCCACCAAAACCCAACUCUCUCUUCCAAACUUAUUGAUUGCUAUGCCAAUCUUGGUCUCCUCAAACACUCUCUCCAAGUUUUCUGCUCCAUAAUCGACCCCAAUUUGACUCUUUUCAACGCCAUACUGAGAAAUUUGACAAGAUAUGGAGAAUCCGAGCGAGCCCUGUUGGUGUAUCAACAAAUGGUCGCCAAAUCUAUGCACCCAGAUGAAGAAACUUACCCUUUUAUUUUUCGAUCAUGUUCUUCAUUUUCAAAUGUUGGAUUUGGGAGGACGAUUCAUGGUUAUUUGGUUAAGCUGGGUUUUGAUUCGUUUGAUGUUGUAGCUACUGCUCUGGCUGAGAUGUAUGAGAAAUGGAUUGCAUUUGAGAAUGCUCAUCAACUGUUUGAUAAAAGGUCUGUGAAAGAUUUGGGAUGGUCGAGUUCCUUGACCACGGAGGGUUCUCAAAAUGGUAACGGGGAGGGAAUUUUUCGGGGUUUUGUGAGAAUGAGAGCAGAACAAUUAGUACCAGACUCACUCACAUUCGUCAAUCUCUUGAGGUUCAUUGCAGGUUUGAACUCAAUUCAACUUGCAAAAAUUGUUCAUUGUAUUGCAAUUGUGAGCAAAUUGAGUGGAGAUUUGUUAGUAUAUACUGCCGUGUUGUCUCUUUACUCUAAGUUACGUAGCUUAGUAGAUGCUAGACGGUUAUUUGACAAAAUGCCAGAGAAAGAUCGUGUUGUAUGGAAUAUAAUGAUAGCAGCUUAUGCUCGGGAAGGUAAACCGAGGGAAUGCCUUGAGCUCUUCAAGUCCAUGGCAAGAUCAGGGAUUAGAUCUGAUCUGUUUACUGCAUUGCCUGUUAUCUCUUCAAUUGCACAGUUGAAAUGUGUUGAUUGGGGGAAACAAACACAUGCCCAUAUAUUGAGGAAUGGUUCCGACAGUCAAGUUUCAGUUCAUAAUUCUCUCAUUGACAUGUACUGUGAAUGUAAAAUGUUAGAUUCAGCUUGUAAUAUCUUCAACUGGAUGACAGACAAGUCUGUAAUUUCAUGGAGUGCUAUGAUCAAGGGGUAUGUCAAAAAUGGUCAGUCCCUCACUGCAUCGUCUCUCUUCUCCAAGAUGAAAUCUGAUGGGAUUCAAGCUGAUUUUGUUACAAUGAUCAAUAUCUUGCCUGCAUUUGUUCACAUUGGAGCACUUGAAAAUGUCAAAUAUUUACAUGGGUACUCAAUGAAGCUAGGCCUGACUUCCCUUCCAUCACUUAACACAGCCCUUCUGAUAACAUAUGCAAAAUGUGGGUAUAUAGAGAUGGCUCAGAGGCUAUUUGAGGAAGAGAGAAUUGAUGAUAAAGAUUUGAUAAUGUGGAACUCCAUGAUCAGUGCCCAUGCCAAUCAUGGAGACUGGUCCCAGUGUUUUAAGCUAUACAAUCGAAUGAAGUGCUCAAAUUCAAAGCCAGACCAAGUAACAUUUUUGGGACUACUAACAGCUUGUGUCAAUUCUGGUCUUAUCGAAAAGGGGAAAGAAUUUUUCAAGGAGAUGACUGAAAGUUAUGGGUGCCUACCAAGCCAAGAGCAUUAUGCUUGCAUGGUUAACCUCUUGGGGAGAGCUGGGCUUAUCAGUGAAGCAGGAGAACUUGUAAGAAACAUGCCUAUCAAACCCGAUGCUCGAGUUUGGGGUCCAUUGUUGAGUGCUUGUAAGAUGCAUCCUGGGUCCAAGCUUGCAGAGUUCGCGGCCGAGAAGCUCAUUGAUAUGGAGCCUAAAAAUGCCGGAAAUUACAUACUGCUUUCGAACAUAUAUGCUGCUGCAGGUAAAUGGGAAGAAGUGGCAAAGAUGAGAAGUUUCUUAAGGAAUAAAGGGCUGAAGAAAACCCCUGGUUCUAGUUCGCUGGAGAUAAAUGGCCGUGUAACUGAGUUUCGUGUUGCUGAUCAAACUCAUCCUAGAGCAGAAGAUAUAUAUACCAUCCUAGGAAACCUUGAACUUGAAAUCAAAGAGGUUAGAGAAAAGAGUCUAGAUACCUUGGUAAAUCCUCUUCUAUAA